AUGGAAAAUUUCAUAGAAGCAAUUGAGGUUUGUGGCUUGUAUGAGGUGCAAUUUCAGGGAGACAGUUUCACAUGGAGUAACAGAAGAGAAUGGAGGUGCUUUACAAAAGAAAAAUUGGACAGAGCUUUUGGAAAUCAGUCUUGGUUCAACCUAUUUACAGAUUCUAGUGUUGGCUCUCUAGCAGCUCAGUGUUCUGACCACUGUCCAAUACUUUUGCUAGUUGGUAAUGAUGAGGGGGAGAGGAAGAAGACACAAUCUUUUAGAUAUGAAGCUAGCUGGGGCAAGAGAGAAGAAUGUCAGGAGUUGAUUGUUAGAGCUUAG